AUGCAAGCACUUUGGUCUCGGGUAGCGCAGACCGGACUCAGCUGCCAUUGCCCGUCAUGUGUUUCGGCCGGUGCCAGCGGAGUUGCUAGACGAACCACCAAUGCUGCCGGCAGAAGACCAGUGAGAUGGGCUCUUUCAUCCACCUUCGUAUACUCGGGCAUCUUUGCCGCCGCCGCUACCACCGAUGCUGGAUUCAAGCAANAGAGACGGGAACAAUGGGACCGUGCCAUCGCAGACAUUAAACAGGAUCUAGACCAGCCCGCAUUGGACAAAAUCACUGUGACCCAGGAACUCGCUCAAGCCCAGAAAGAGAAGGAGAAACAAAUUCAGAUUGAGCAAGAGAAGGAGGAGGCUGUACCGUGGAAACUGCUCUCUGACGACCUGCGAGAAGCCGUUCUCGAGGAUCAGCAUCAAGAAGCACAGCUCGAUGGCCCUGUAUGGCCAGCAAACACGGGCGCUGAACUACAUCGACCCUUUGUUGCUCCCAACUCCAUCUAUGCCAAACCCUUCCACCGUGAAAGGGCGCUCGCCACUCGCUGGACCCCAAAGAAGAUACGCACGACCGAGUUGGCUGUCGACAAGCUCAUUCUGCGCAUGCUGUUACAUCUGGACGACCUCGGUUUUCGCAAGGACAUAGGCACUGUUGUACCUACAUCAUGCUCAGACUUCUUUGGCGCCUCGACUUCUCACCUUAAAGCUCUUCUGUUAUACACAAACAAUCAACAUAUGGAUGCCACUACCUUUCCAGAAACCUUUGCACAGGCGAAUGACUUCCCACGACAACAUAAAUACGGUGUCACUUAUCGACAAGAUGCUCUGGGCGAAUUCCACCAUACUGCGCAAAAUUUGAACAGCGCAUUGGGCCAGCUGUUUGAGAAGAGACGGUCGGGACAACUAGCCUAUGAGGAACUUGUCGCAAAGAUUGCCUACAACCUCUACAUAUCUUCAGCACCACCAGAACUGGACUGCUGGAACACCCUGCUUUGCGGCUUCAUGGACUGUGGGGACAUCUUCCUGGUAAAUCCUACACUGAAUGCAAUCCGCAACGCAAACGUGCGCCAUAACGAGGUCACCAUCAGAGCUACCCUCAAGUACUACAUGAUGGUCGACUGCCGUGACAGAUUUCUCACCUUUGUUGAUAGGGUCCGCGGUUUGGGAAAUGGUCUGAUGCUCGCAAAGCCCACCAUCACUAUCAAUGAUUCAGGUCGUCCCCGUUUGAUUCCGAAAGACAACGGCAAGAUUGUCCAGAAGCCAUAUCACACUCCUGGAGUCUUUGAGACCAUCGUGCAAGGUGUGUUGCAUUUCGCUGGCUUCGACGUGGCCUUACGCAUUUGCAAAGACAUGGGUCGCGAAGGGUGGGGUCUCUCGAUUCGUGGUUUGACCCCUUUACUCGACGAUCGAGCGCGAAAUGCAGAUUACAAACUCGGAUGCCAGAUAUGGGACCUGAUCAAGAUGAUGCAGGCGGAGAGCAAAGCCAAGGGCAAACCGGAAAGACUUUUCGCCCGCACUUACUCGGCUAUGAUGCGUUUGUGCAGUGCUUGUAAUGACAUGGCUCGUUUCGACGAGGUAUUGCGCGAAGCACGCACUGCCAAAUACGAGCACAAAGACCUACUGAAGAUGUUCAGGCAAGAGAUGCUUGAUGGAUCAUCUGCAGUGCGUCGGUUGACAGAGCCCAAGUCUGGCAUACAACGUUAUGUUCAGGAAGUCGCUCUGACAGACUUUGAGAACAUCGAAGAGAAGGAACCUGAGAGAUUCGAUGAGGAGAUUUCAAUCAUAUCAGAGCAGGAGGCUCCGGUAGUCAUGUCGUCAGCCAGUAUUGACUCUAGCUCUGGUCUGGCUUUCCAGGACGACGAUGAUUGGCUGGACUCUGCAAUGGAAGUCAGACAAUGA